CUGCCAAAGAGACAAGAAGUAAAAUAUCAGGAAUGGUUAAGCCGCCUGGAGACAGGACCCUUUUACCCUCACAAAUUGUUCUUCAGAAAUGUUAGUCCGGAUUUCCAAAGAGAUGCUCAUGAACUUCCUAAAAAUCGUCACUGGACAGGAGGACAUAGAAACUCUGUAUUGUGACAGACCUGGUGAUGUUCUGGUCACCUUCAAAACAGAAGUUGAUUUUUGAAAGUGAAGAACAAAUGCCAGACAAAGUUGCUAAAUAAAAGACAGCUGGAAGUCUUGAGGUAUCUGUCUCGAACAGCAUCCUUGUGGAGAACCUCCGCCAAAACACAGAUCUUGAGCUUGUAUCUUGCUACUUUGAAACCCAGCGUGCUAAGGGGGGACCAGUGCUUAAAGUACAACCAGUAAAGGACCAACAGACAUGUGUCGUCUGCUUUGAAGAUGCUAGCGUGGUUGACGAGGUCCUGAAGGUGCCCCACAGACUCGGAGGACGGGAGCUGCGGGUCUCGCUGUAUGUGGAAUGUCUGGGACCCUCAGGAGGUAGAACAGAGCCCCACAUCUUUGUUUGUUCCCCGCCUGUUGAGUUGACAGACGAAAACAAUCUGAAAGUUGCCUUCCUCAGACACAAUUCCGAAAUGUUGCAGAUGUUCAACCUCUACCUGUCAAAGGUCCAUGCCAAUGCCACUGUUGUGGGUAAUGUGCUCAUUGUGAGUUGUACCCUCACAGGAUCAAUGGACAGAGUAGAUUUACUGGUGAAAAAUGGAGAGAUAAUGUAAACAAGCAACUGGAGCAUUGUUUUGGCUUCAUAAGACUUCAAAGAUUAGAAGUGCAGCCAGAAAUUUGGUGGGAUGUCAGAAACACCAUCAGUCAAUCUGAGCUCAACACUGACGAUUUAGUGUUAUCACAUGAUGAAGAGUACACCUUCUCAGUUCUGGACAGAAGCUUUGAUGAAGGAGGCACAUUUGCUCACAUUCAAAAUAUUGCUAGUGUUAAACAGAAAAAGUCUCUUAAGCCGAAAGUGUUUGACUCUGAAAAACUAAAGAAAUUUCAACUUGAUCUUUUGAUGUUAUCCACUUUUAUCUCGGACACACAGUCGCAUCACAAAGAUCUCAAAGUAGACAUUAAACUUGAAAACAGAGAAGUCGUUUUUAACGGUCCGCUGUUGAUGGUAAGAAAAGCACGAUUGAGGAUGUAUGAAAUCCUUCAGUCAGCCUCAUCAACAGUGGUGACUGAUGUACCUCAUGUUCAUGUCUCCCUUCUUGCCACUGACGAAGCUCGCGAUGCUGUGAACAAUCGUCUCAGACAAGCUGGACUUGCUGCCACAUGGGAAUGCUGCGGUAAUGUAGUUGUUGUCUACAGUUUACACCAAACUGCUCUUCCUCUGGCUGUGAAUGUAAUUAAAACCUCGUUUAAAAGUGAACGUAUCGUUUUGGAUAAAUCGUCCUCCAGUCUACACACUACAGCAGAAUGGAAAGACAAUGUAGAGAAACUCCUAAAAAAACACCUCGGACUUCUCAAAAUCAGCACGGAUCACCGUACUAUCCUUGUAACAGCUUUUUGUGACAUAAUGUCGACUGUCAAAGAAAAUAUCAACAAAUGUGCUUUAGAAAGUAGUAUGUCUUCUGCUGCUUUUCAACUUUCCCCAAGUCGACUGAAAUUUGUGACCCUUUUCUGGGAAGAAAAAGUUUCAAGCAUCGCAGUAAAGUUGAAAGGGUACAAAAUAAAUAUCACACUACAAAGUGAUAGGGUUCUGGUUGGGGGAACAAAGCAAGGAAUUGAGCUUGUGAGAAAGGAGCUGAAUUCCUUGUCAGAACAAAUUAUUUGUACAGAAGAACUGAUCAUAAGAAAAGAAACCAUCAGGUGUCUUUCUACACUUCGCAACAAUAACGAACUGCAAGCCAUUGCUUUCACCUGUAAAUGUGUCUUGUCUCUUCAUCCAGAGAAUGUCAGUGUUGAGAUGAGCGCCACCAACCUGCCUGCUGAAGGCCCUCGGGUACAUGCUGUGCAAGGGGACAUCACUCAACUGCCAGUUGACGUCAUUGUGAAUGCAGCCAAUGAGCUCAUGGACCGCGCUGGGGGCUUUGCAGGAGGUAUUGCUUUGAAAGGCAAUGUGCUGGUGUCAGGACCAGGAAAGCUUCCCUGCAAGGCCAUUAUCCACGCUGGCGGACCUCGGUAUAAGGGAGGCAACAAAGGGGAAGAAGAAUGUCUUCGAGACACAGUGAUGGAAUGUCUGAAGACUGCCUCCGACCGCAGAUACACUUCUAUUGCCAUUCCUGCCAUCAGUUCCGGUAUUUUUGGCUACCCCGUCAAAGAGGCCACCCGGGUCAUAGUGCAGGCUGUGAAACUUUUCUUCGAGACCAAUCGGGACAGCAGCAUCACAGACGUCCAGCUCGCUGACAUUCGAAUAGACACCGUUCAAGAGUUCCAGAAAGCACUUAAGGCAAUAUAUAGCAAUUAUACUCCGAUUACUAAACAAGGUCUUUCUGGAAAAGAACAGUCGCCAACGAUAGGGACCAUAUCUGCCAUACAAGGGGACAUCACCCAAAUGACGGUGGAUGUCAUAGUGAAUGCCGCUAAUGAAAGGAUGACCCAUGAUAAUGGACUGGCAGGAUACAUUGUUAGGAAAGGAGGGGACACAAUCCAAGAGGAAUGUUAUCGCAUUCUCAGAACGAGAGGCAAGCUGUCAGAAGGCGAUGUGCUGGUGUCAGGACCAGGGAAGCUUCCAUUCAAGGCCAUCAUCCACGCUGUGGGACCUGCGUAUCGAGGAGGCACCCGCGGAGAAGAGGAAUGUCUGCGGGGUACAGUGCUGAAAUGUUUAAUGACUGCCUCUCACCAAGGUUACACUUCUAUUGCCAUUCCUGCCAUCAGUACUGGGAGUCUUCGCUACCCCGCUGAGGAGGCCACCCGUGUUAUAGUACAAGCUGUGAGGGUUUUUUUUGAUACGAGUCCAAAAAGCAGCAUUAAAGAUGUUCGACUCUGUGAUAUUUCAAGAAGCACAGUGGAAGAUUUUAAGGGCGCGAUACAAGCAGCUUCGGAGGAGAUGGAUUUGUCAUCAGCUUCAUCUCAAGCCACUUCACAAACUGAAAUGUCGUCACCUUCUCGAUGGUUCAGACUUUCUCCAAGAAUGACUCAACCGAGGAACACAUUUUCUUCAGAAAAAGGAGUUGAUAAAGGGACUAGGAAACCUAAGGCGCUAUCGCCACCCGAGACCUUGAAAUUGUACAUCUUCACGGCAGAUCCUCAGAGAAAAGAGCAUUUCUUAAAAGCAUUGGAUGAGUUUGUGGAUAGCAAAUUUGUGGAGCAGGAGAUCGAGGACUUUGAUCAAAUAUCGCCUGACAUGCUGGAAGACGCGUGUAAGAAGUACAACGUGGAGCUGCUCCUGUGGGACUCGGGCGCCACCGUGGGAGGCAUGUCAGAAGAUGUUCAGAAGCUCAAAGAGGAGAUAAGCAGCAUGAUAAAGACAGCAGAAAGACAGCAACAAGAAAGUAUGAUUGCGAACCUUGUUCAGUGGUACUAUUUUGAUACAACAAGUAUCCCCAGCAAACGAGUUCCGUUUGAAAGAAGAGAAAAUCAUCAGUUAGAGAAUGCCUAUCAGAUGAAGAGGGAUACAGUGAAACUGAGAGAUUCAGAAGGUUCUGUCUAUGUUUGCAACUUCAAGAACAUGACAUGUACCGCUGAAUUUAACUUGGCCAUCGCUGGUAAGAUUAUGAGAAAAGAAAAAUCAGAAGACUUGGCCUGUCCUCUGCCCGAAACAUGGGAGCCCUUGUGUAACGAGCCUGUUAAGCGAGUGCUACUUGUGGCUGGAUGCCCCGAGUACAACAGCGUGAAGGCAAAUAUGUCCCGGACUGCAAACAACCCUUUUACCAUUAUAUCAAUCGAGCGGAUUCAGAAUGGUGAUUUAUACAGGCAGUAUGUUGCCAAAAAGGCGCAGAUAGACAGGCAGAACAACGGGAUGUCCUCAGAGAAAACCUUGUGGCAUGGCACCUCGUUACAGGCCAUAGACAAUAUUAACCUCUACGGCUUCAACCGCAGCUUUUGUGGAAGAAAUGCUACGGCUUACGGACAAGGUGUGUAUUUCGCGGUCAACUCCAGCUACUCCAUGAGCGACACCUACUCUGUGAGAGAUCAGUCAGGGAACAAACACAUGUACCAGUGCAAGGUGUUGGUCGGGUGUCCCACAGUCGGGAAUAGUGAUAUGAAAUUCUUGCCCACUCGACGAGGAAAGAUAAGAUACGAUUCUGCCACCGACAGCACAUCUCAACCAAGCCAGUACGUCAUCUUUAACGACACCCAGGCGUACCCUGAGUACCUCAUUACUUUCCAAUAUAUCUGGGGCGAGGGUUAUAUGCCCUGACUUCUCAACAAUGUAUAGUCUAUGUGUGAGUGAGCGGAUGGAGGGGUGAAAUAAAUGAUCACGGGACUGAGUAGUGCUGAGUGAAAAUUGUGGUAUUUCCGGAAAGAAGGGUGUAGAGGUAGGAGCUAUUCCGGGUGUGAAAGAGAUUCUAUGCCAAGACAAGGUAUAGAGCACCAACUUGUAUCACUGGACUGCUGGCAGACGAAUUUUUCAGUUAACUGAUAUUUUUCAGCUACUUCAUAUAACACUUCAAAUCAAAUCAAAUCAAAUUAGACUUUAUUGUCUGUCGAGGAGUGGACAAAGUUUAGUUACGAAGGUACGAAUAAAAAUACCCGCGCUUGUUUUUUGUCCUUUCUUCAAGCUCACUUCUAAUUGGUGUUGUUUAAAAUAAACACGUGAUAUGAUUUCA